AUGAGCAAAAACAGCCUCUUAGAAAAUCUUGGCCAGCAGGAUCACAAGCACAGACGACAGGAAAAGAAAUCCAAGGCCUUCGAGGAUAUUUCUAAAUAUUUUUCUGAGACACAAUGGAAAAAUAUGCUGUACUCCGAGAAAACCACCUGUGUGUACCUGAAGAGAAACUAUGAGAUCAUGUCUGGGCUAGAUUACAGGAGAGGGAGAAAUACUUCUUGUGUCUACUCAUUGCGGGAAAGAAAGCACGUAGUAGCAUAUGAAGAGAUCAGUGAUCCUGAGGAGGAGGAGGAGGAG